AUGGCGGCCCAGCUUGAGAACUACAGAACCGCCAACAUCCAGUUGGUGCAAAAGAUCCACCUCCAAAACGAGUUGCUAUUGGCUGCAAGAAAAGAAGAAACGACAGCAUCAACCAUGGACGAGUUCAAUCCAGACUUUUACCAGAAGCAAUUGGCUUCCUUGACAAUCAACUCCCGAGCAGUCAUCACCGAUUUGACCAACAUUGCCGAACGAAACGUGGACAAAUGUAACGAGAUAUGUGAGAUGAUUGAGACCCGCAUCAAGAAGUGUCUUCCCCAGCACAAGCUCAAUGCCAUGUAUCUAUUGGAUUCCAUAUGUAAAAACGUGGGGAAUCCAUACAACGUUAUCUUUGGCAAGAAUCUAUUCAAAACCUUCACAGAAACCUAUUCCAUCGUCACAGACACUCCCACCAGACAGCAUCUCAUAAACUUGUUUAAGACCUGGAUAAAUGCAAAAACAAACACCGGCUCAGAACUCUUCCCCCAACCCAUACUCGGCAAGAUCGAGAAAUUCAUCAUACAGGCCACCUCCAUCAACGGCUCGACGCCGCCUCCCACCACUGCUGGGCCUGGAGCCGUGUCCCAGAAGUUCAGGCUUGCCCCAGACUGGCUAAUGAAAGAGGGCAGAAGCUUGUUGCUCUUGAUCAUCAAGCUCAACCAAGGUGCGGAGUACUUGCUCUCGAACACCGACCUGAUCACCGAGGAAGACGUGAAGAGCGUCAACCAGGGCGAAGCACAUAGAAAUACCUUGGUAUCCAUGAUCAACGAGACUCUAGAUGGAAUCAUGUUUGAUAUGAGAGGUAGCGAUGCAGACUCCACCCCAACCAUGCAAUUCGAAGCUAACGUAAAGAAAUACCAUGCCAACUUUCAAAAUGUCAGAAAGGAUUUAGAAGAGCAGGUUAUCAAAGAGGAAACCCUCAUGAAGAAAGUACAUGAGAAAUUACAUGCGAUUAAACUUAAACAAGAGCUGAAACAGAAGCUCUUGGCCAAACGGUCCAAAAUCAGAGAAUUCAUAGCAGCUAACAAGGUGUUAUUGAAUGCUAAGCCCAACCCAUUAUACUUCACAAACAUCACUCAAGACAUCAAGGCCAACCCGGAAAUAGUCAAUUUCAUUCAAUCAUGGGGUAAGAUUCCCGUGGUUAAGGCAAUACCCACAAAGCCCCAAGAGCCCAUAAAACCUACUGUGGACUUGAGUCUGAGCUUAGGAAUGAAUUUUGGUUCUUUCAACUUUCUGGACUCUAUUUUGAGUAAUGGUGUUGUGGACCAUGCCCUGGAACCGAAACAAACAGUGGAAGUACCCUCCCGAGACUCAUCCUCCGAGACCGAAGAACCAGCAAACGAGCCUGUACUUGAAGUAACAUCCGACAAAAUAGUACCUGAAGUGGAACAACUGUCCGAUAAAUUGGUGCCUGAAGUGGAAGAAUCUUCCCCCAACCUUGUUCCCGAAUUCAAAAAAGUUGUGGAUGAAGAAACUCCAGUCGAGGCCCACAAUGCAGAAGAUUUUGAUUCAGACGAUGGCAUACCGCAAAGUAUACUGAAUACUGAAUCUGAUGUAAUGCAAGAGGAGGAUGAGGAUGAGGACGCAUACGAUCCUCCCUUACCUCCAGUGCGGUCACCUUCGCCUGAAGUAGAAGUGGCACUCCACUCCAACGAGCCAGCUUCGGUAGAAGACGAAGAGGACGAUUAUGAGCCUACUUUUGAUGGAGAGACGUCACAAGAAAAGGAGCAUGUUAUACCCCAAAUGCAAUACUACAUGCGUACCGGUACGGGAAUGAUUCCCCCUAGACUGGAAGCGUUGUACAACAUGACAGCACCAGGAAUAGAGCCCAGGAGGCCGUCGAUUCUCAAGCGUAAAGCUUCAGAUGGUGCAAGAGUCGUCAAAAGAGUCAGAUUCGAUAUAUAA